AUGAAUAAUUUAAAUGAAUUCAAAGAAAGAAUUUAAUUUCUAUUGGCAGAAGCCUUAAAUCCACCAAAAAAAUAAUAAUGUUUGAUAGAAUUCAAUAGAUUGCUUGUUGCAAAUAAAAGUGAUUAACACUAAAAAAUUGUGUUGUAGGUAUUAGAGACAUAAAGAGUGAAUGAAGUUAAUCUAAGGGCAUUAAAAAUAUCAGUGCAAGUUUAGAAAUACGAUUUGAAUUCAUCACUUAGAGCAGCUGCCAUUAUUAAUAAGGCAUUUAAUGAAGGAACAGAAGUGAUUUAUUAAUUGUGCGGAGAAUGUUACAGAUUAUUAGCUAAUUCUACAACUAUUGGUUCUUUGAGUGAUAUACUCUGUAAUUUAGCUUUAAAACUAUCUUCAUAGCCUAUUUAAAUCGGCUCUACAAUUUCAUUGCAUUAUUUAUUGUAAUUUGAAGUUACACCUAAUUCAAAGAAAUAGAUAUAAUCAGCAUAUAUAAAAAAUUAGCUAAUAGUCCAUUAAUCAAUGGUUGAAAUAAUGAUUAAGAUAACUACAAGUUAGGAUUCAAAUUUAGUAUAAAUACUUUAAAGAAGUUUAGCCGCACUUUAAGAAUAGAAACAUACAUAUUAAGUGAAAUAAACAUUGUGCAAAUUUAUGUUAGCAUUAGCUGAGUAUCAAAUCUAUGAUGACAAUUUAUUAUUAUAAUGUGUAACUAUCUUAAGGGAAGCAACUUUCGAUAGAGUAGUAUCUGUUUAAUAAUCAGCAAAAUUAGCAUUAUAGUCAUAUUAAAAUCUAUAUAUUGCUAGAAAUCCACCUUAGGUAACAACAUCUAGUUAUUUUCCUGAUGUGAAACCGUUCAUCAAAAAGAAAAGAGGGGAUGGACAUUUGGUUUUGAAUGCAGAGAAAUAUAAGAAAAUGCAAAUAAGUUAAGUUAAGUAAUAAUUGGAGAAAAUUUAAGAAAAGGUAACAGAAUAAAAAAUCCAAGAUUCCCUAAUUGAUCAAUUUAUUUAAUAAGAAUAAAAACAAUAAGAAUUAUAAAACCAAGAAUAAAUCGAAGAAAUAUAAUCUGAUUAAGACCAAAAUGAAGAAAUAUCAGAAAACAUCAAUCCUUAAUUAUAAGAUACCUAAUUGUUUGUUGAUGAAAAAAUAGAGGAAACACAAGAUUUUACAGAAGAUUAUUAUGACAAAGUAUUGGAUUUAGUAGAGGAUUCUUAAAUAGAUGCAGCAUUUAAAUUGGCUCUAUAUAAUAAUGAUGAUUUCCUGGUUAUCUAAUUGAUGAUGACAGUAAAAGAUUAUUUUAGUGAAUUGAGUAAGAAGACUGCAGAGUAGUUAAUUAAGAAAUUUAAUGCGAUUUAUAAAUCUAAUUUUGUUGAAAGCACCCAAUAAAGAAGUGCUUAAAAUUGGAUAAAUAAAUUAAUUAUAAAAAUUUAUAUGAUUAUAUUGUUUUUCCUUUUGCAGAUUACCAUUAAUAAGCUAAUAGUCCCUCGCAAAGUUAUACACGCAAUUGAUUGUGGAAGUUAUUUGGAGACUCGUACAUCUGCUGGUAUUAAAUACAAGAGUGAUCAUCAUCAUAUUGGAACAUCAGAAUUUGUAGACUAUUAUGAAAGUGUUGAAAAUAGAAAGAUACGAUUUACAGAUGACCAAUCUCUUUACAUUACCCAAAGGCAGGGUUAAAGCUUUGCUUAUACCAUUCCUAUAGGUAAUGAAGUUCCUGAAAACUAAACAUAUGUUCUUGUGUUGAAAUUCGCCGAGUUACACUACGAAGAAAGCAAUUCCAGAGUGUUUAAUAUAUUAUUGGGCAAGAAGAUGAUUCUAUAAAAUAUAGAUAUUUCACAAUUAGUAGGACCGUUCACAGCACAUACAGAAUAUAUAGAAAUUAUAAUUGACGGAGGGGCUGUCUAUUAUUAAGGAAAACCAUGUAUUGGAGCUUUAAAUAACAGAAAUGAAUUAGUAGUUGGAUUUAGCGCAAGUUAAGAUUAAGCAACAGUUGCUGCUCUAUUUUUAUUUAAAGGUACUUUGAAAGAAACAGAUUUUGAGGAUAAGGAGAAGUUUCAGGAAAGAUGGAUAUAACUAAACACUCCUAAAACUAAUGAAGAGAUUAAAAAGUAAAAAGAAGAAAAAUUAAAAAACAUUGAAGAAGAAAUAAAGGAGAAAUAAAGCAUUUUAAAAAUAAGGGAAGGAUUUGGCCAUGAGAUUGACAUUGAAGAAGUAAAACCACCUCAAAAAAAAGCUGAAUGGCCUGAAUUCUCAUUUUAAUUAUUAUUUAUUUUACUCAAAACACCUUUAGGAGCUGUUCUGUUAGUUGGGUUUUUAACAGUGAGUUUUGUUACAAUAAGCUUUGUUUUCUUUGACCCAUAUGGAUAAAAGAAAUUGAAAUAAUAAUAUACAGAAUUAAAGAAAUAGAAAGACAUUCCUAAAAAAUAAGUUGUACCAAAAACAGAUUGA